UCUAAUGGGACCUUUCGCCUUCGGGUUUGGUACAAAGGUCAUUGACACCAGGGGAUACAGCUACGCCAGAACCAAAGAUGGCCUCACCUCCAAGUUCACAGCCAUCGUGUCAGAUGACACAUGUGUCCCUGUAAUCAUACAUAGGGUCACAUUGACCAGUGCAGGUAACUCUUUUUUGUCCACCGGCUACAACAACAUCUUCCCCGGGAUCCGAGACAACACUAUCUUCUCCCCUCCGCCCUACUGUGGGAAGGGCAAAGCUGAGGGAGCGAACAACACCUUCAACAAGCCUCUACCUAGCUUCAAAGUGGUCCACGUUUAAGCCAUCUACAUACGUUUUUAACAAACGCCUGUUGUUCUUUUGUGUUGAUCACUUUAUUUGCAAAACAUAUUUCGCUA